CUAAACAGCCCGUAGUUAGGUUAAUGUGCCGGACCGGCAUCCAUUUGGUUUCCUCCUUCUCCUUCACGCAACACGGAACUUGCACUACUUUCCGGACGCACUUCCAUCGACGGCGUUCCAGCCCCGCCGUUGAUGGCGGCGCUCUGCCGUCGUUUCACGGGGUUCCACUUUCUCCUCGUCCUCGUUUCCCUUUCGAUCUCUUCCCUUGUCUUCGGCGACUGGAUCGGUGAUGAUGAAGGGGAGCAGUUUACCGAAGAACUCUUGUUGAAACCCUUGCCCGAUCGGAAAGUCUUAGCUCAUUUCCACUUCCAGAGCACGGCCCAUCCGUCCCCUGACAGUGGUCACCACCACCAUCUCUUCCCGAAGGCCAUCGCGCAGUUGGUACAAAAGUUCCAAAUAAGGGACCUGGAGUUAUCCUUCACACAAGGACGAUGGAACUAUGAGAACUGGGGUGGAUCUGAUCCAAUAUCUAGUACCAAUGCAAAGCCCCCUGGUGUCGAGCUUUGGGCAACCUUUAAUGUUCCUGUUGUAGAGAUUGACACCACUUGGAAGAAUCUCACGCAUGCCCUGUCAGGUCUAUUUUGCAGUUCAAUCAAUUUCCUUGAGUCCUCCACCUCAUACACCACUCCAAGUUUUGUAUUUGGAUUAAAUGUCAGCAACAUAAGGUAUGGUGCGCUACCCCGUGAAGCAGUUUGCACUGAGAAUCUCACUCCCUGGUUAAAGCUUCUCCCAUGUCGAGACAAAGCUGGACUAGCCACGUUGCUGGACAGGCCUUCUAUAUAUAAAGGAUAUUAUCACUCACAAAAGUUGAGGUUAACUUCAACUAAAUUAUCUGGUAUAAUUCUUGAACAAACACUUACGAUUGUGCUCCAACCUAACAUUCAAAGGAAUUCUGCACAUUCUUUGUUGGAUGGAGCCAUCCAGCCAAGUUGGUCUAUUAGUUCAAUGUUCAAAAGGAACCUUACUGGAUCAUGUGUUCUUGCUAGGACCAGCAGAAUAUUGGUUGAAUUAGAGAAAAAUAUAGUUUCCAAACUUGAGGAGUUGGGACAUGGAGGUUCAUGGAGUAACUCUUUACUCGAUCUGUCUCCAAAUCCAUUUAGGGUGAUCAAGGAGGUGAACCCCUUUCCAGAAGAAAGUAACUCAAUUCUUUUUGAGUACGUUAACUCCAAGGAGUAUGAGCCUUUGGAUGUGGGUAUAAAGUGGAAGUUGCCUUUUGUUUGGUCUUCUCCACAUGCACCUUUCCAUGCAAGCAGGUUUCUAAUGGGAAGUGGUACCGAGAGAGGCUCUAUAGCCAUAUCCUUGCAAUCAACCAAAUCAGAUGAAUACUUUAGGAGCAAAUCAAAUGAGUGCAGAAUGCAGGCUGUUGUAUUUCAGGUUGUUCCCUGGUAUGUAAAGGUCUAUUACCAUACACUCCAGAUUUUCAUUGAUCAAAAACUUCAAAAUCUCUCGGACGUGAUUGAGAAGAUACGAGUCACUCCAUCAGAAGACAAGAAGUUGCCUGGAACGCUGGAACUUGUACUUGGAUAUCCUUGCACCGUGCAAUCUGUUGCCCUGACAUUGGAUUUUGACAAGGGCUUCUUACACAUUCAUGAAUAUCCUCCGGAUGCUAAUCAGGGCUUUGAUAUACCAUCUGCUUUAGUUACUUUUCCCAACUUGCAUUCAAGCAGAAUAUAUAUUGGAGAUGAUUCUUCUGUACAUUCUCCUUUACUAUUAAAGUUUCAGGAAAAGAAUGUUGUUCUAUCUUACACAGAAGUGUUGCUCGUGCCUUUUACAACACCGGAUUUUAGCAUGCCAUACAACGUCAUUACCUUCACCUGCACUGUAUUAGCAUUGUAUUUUGGAUCAUUGCUUAAUGUGUUGCGGCGAAGAAUAGGAGAGGAAGAAAGGCUAAUGAGGAGCAAAGAUGCUACUAAGCGCGGGCUGAUUCCCUUGAUAGUUUCUAAGAUAACUUCCAAGCUAAGAGGAAUGCCACGGUCAAAGCCUUUACUUAUAUUCGCGGUUGUAUUAUCUGUUCUUUUUCACUACAUUGUCAACUGAUGGAUUAUGUCUUAGGAUUAAUAGUAAUUUGACAAAGCCCUCACUUUUCUUCGGAUCAAA